CCACUGGAGUCCUUGCAUCUUGAGCCUGCGGUAGUUGCUGUUGCUUCGCUCCUGAGGUUUUUUAACAUGUCUAUUUUCUUCAAAAUGAAUGUCAGCAUUACUUUCUUAAGACCUCAUGCCAGGUGUUUGGUGCCAUUUACCCUUCCUAAAAGGAGAAAGAAUUUAUAUUCAACAAUUCUGCAGAGACAUAUGUCUUACAAAAUACCAGCUGUAUCUUAUCCUGAUAAGGAUAGUGCAUCUCCUCCUGCACAGCUAGAAUUGGAUAGGUGGAAAACUACAAUGAAAUCUAGUGUGCAAGAAGAGGCUGUUUCCACAGUCCCAAGUAACAAGGGUAAAGAUACACCAGCUGCUACCAGAAAAUUAAUUGAGAUGUGGAGAUUGCUUGGGAGAAAUGUAGCAGAACACAUCACUGAAGAAGAGCUCAAGGACAUCAUGGAAUGUGCCUCUAAGACAUCAAAACUAAAAUACUUAAAAUUUUUGUAUAUUAAAGAAAAUCUGAAGAAAGCUAAGCAAAACAAAAAGGAAAUGAAAGCAGCAGCAAAGGAAGAAGCAAAAAAGGCCAAGCUGUUAGAAACCACUGAGGAAGAUAAACAGAAAAACUUUCUAUUUCUUCGACUUUGGGACAUAAAGGAGAAAAUUGAUGGUUGGAAGGGUGCCCAGGCUAUGUAGUUUGGACAACCUUUGGUUUUUGAUAUGGUUUAUGAUAAUUAUAUGAAACCAGAGGAACUGAAUAAUACUAUUUGCCAACUUUUAGAAAGUGAAGGAUGCAACAGAAGAGAUGUUGACCCUUUUCAUAUUUACUUCUGCAACCUUAAACCAGAUAGUGCUUACCAUAGAGAGUUAGUUAAAAGGUAUGGGGAAAAAUGGGAAAAAUUGUUUUUAACAGCAACAGAAAAGUCAUAUGUAGAUUUAUUUCCAAAGAACAAUAUCAUAUAUUUAACUGCAGAUUCUCCCAAUGUUAUGACUACUUACAAGCAUGACAAAAUUUAUAUUGUUGGGUCAUUUGUUGAUAAAAAUAUGCAGCCAGGUAUCUCCCUAGCCAAAGCAAAACGAUUAAACCUGACAACAGAAUGCCUUCCAUUAGAUAAAUAUUUACAAUGGAGCACUGGUAACAAAAAUCUUACCUUAGAUCAAAUGAUGCAUAUUUUGUUAUGUUUGAAAAACACAGGUAAUUGGGAAGAGGCUAUGAAGUUUGUUCCCAGGAGAAAACAUACUGGUUUUCUAGACAUUUCUGAGCAUUCUCAAGGGUUUUUCAGCAGAUUAAAGAAGGCAAAGACUUUUAAUUCGUUCCCAAAGGGUACUUUUAAGUAGAAAGACAGAAAGUUGGCAUAAAUGAGAAAAUUUGAUAGCUUAAAAAGUAA